GCUUAACUUAGAAACAAAAUAAUACAGCUAUUCAAGACGCUUUCAUUGUAAAGUGCCAUUAUGUGUGAAAAUGUUUUGAAUUGAAGAUAUUCACUGUCGCUGAUUAAAAAUUUAGCAAUAAUGUCCUCAAAUGAACAGCCUGACUUAUUGUUUUUCGAUACUUUCUCUCAUGAUACUAGUGAGGAGUUAAAUUUGGAUUUGGUGCAAUUCCCAAAGUCUGUAUAUGUGAGAGAAAUACGCAUUAUUCCUUUGGGUGCGCGUGUGGAGGGCGACUUUCCUGGCGGCGUGAGGCUCGGAGCAACCAACCCGACUAAGUUUCACAUAGACUUCUUUGUGAAUGACCUGAGCAAGCCCGGAGCCUCCACGUUUGAAGCUCUUGGCAGUCUAGACUAUUGUCAGAAUGGACAGAUACAUAUGGAGUGUGCCAAUGGGUUGGAACAGCCGAGGAUCCCAACUGAUGGACUUGUUCUUAGAGGUUGGUACACAACUAUCACCCUUGCAGUCUAUGGGACCCUAACCCAAGUGUUGACGGAAACCCCGGUGGGUACAAAUCCUCCCCCGGUUGUGCAAAGACCAGUACCAGCUCGUGAAGUCCCACCGGUGGCAACUGCACCUGUGCCUACAAACCCAGAAUGGCCUCAAGAUGCUUCUGUUCCGAUACCAGCCUACACUGGCAAUGUAGCCACUGCCAACCCUGAAGCAUAUGCUCAAGGCAGCUACCCUGAGAACUAUGACAAUCAAAUGUACAGGGGUGACUACUAUGACAGUGAGCAACCUAAAGACCCGAGGACUUAUCAACAUAUUGAUGAAACCAACUGGGAAAAGAGGGAUCUCAGUUGCGAAAGAGAACCCGAGAGGCUACGUCAUAGCCCUCGUUCCAUUGACCAUGACAGGGAAAGAGAUAACAGAGAAAGGAGAGAUGGACGUAGUCGCAGGCGAUCCCUAGACAGAGGCCGAAGUCGGGAGUCGUCCAGACACCGCGACAGAAGUAGGGAGAUCGACAGGAUCGAUAGAAUGCGCUCGUCAAGGAGCCGCGACCGGGAGUACGUGGUCAAGGGUGAAUAUCGACCUCUUAGUCGGUCGAGGUCUCGCAGCAUUGACAGGAUGCGCGCUAUAUCUACUGACCGCGACUGGGAGCGCGGCUCUUAUAAGAAAGAUGACUAUCGGCGUCACCGCGAACCUUCGUACGAUAGAUCCCGCGGUGGUUCAUACGAUAAAGAAUCUGGCGCGUAUGAACGUCGUUCUCCAUACGACAAGAGAGCCCCAUCAUACGAAAGGAAAAUACCGUACGAGAAACGCUUGUCGCCGUAUGAUAAGCGAGCUUCAUCUUAUGAGAGACGUGCUCCCUCAUAUGAGAAACAGGCUCCAUAUGACAGGAAGCGACAUUCUCCAUACACCCGCAUACGAGGCUCUAGUUACAGCAGUCGCUCUCCAAGUCGCGAUGAUCCCAGGAAGCGACCCAGGACUCCACCUGGAGAAAGUAGCAGGCGGCCUUUAUCACCGAGAGAAGUGGAGGCUACCAGUCCUAUUAAUUCCAUUAGGUCAGAGGAAGCCGCAGAUUAUGAAAGAAGUGGUAAACAAAUUCCUCGAGUUGAUUUCUAUCAUCAAAGCUACCGGCACAAAACUUCUAUCCGCAGUCCUUCCCAAGAAGCUGAAAAUGCGGCAUUUGUGGAACAACAGCAUACUAGUUUGGUUACUGUUCCAAUCGUAGACAACACGACUGCUAAGCCAGCAGACUCACCAGCUAGGAAUCCUGAGGAAGAGAAGUCUAUGGAUGCCGAACAGUUCGAGCCUAUUCUGUCUGAUGAGGAUAUUUGUGAUGACCUCGAAGGCCCCGCUUAUAUGGAUGUUGAUUACGAUGUGAACGACUAUUGUGGCAUCGAAGACAUCAUUAAAUAUUACAAUCCUUUCAAAUGCGACUGGAAUCAGUAUGAACAUAUCAAUCAAAUACACUUGCUGGGCCCUGACAAGGAAGGUGUAAAAGAUGUGCGCAAUGCUAGUUUCGAUGAAUUAUGUGAUGCUAGUCCCGAGCUGUUCAAGAUCUCGGAAAUGGCAAAGUCCAAUAAGAAGCUAGAUCUUAAAGCGACUACGUUCGCUGAAAUGGACAAAUCUAUUCGAGAAGAAUGGGUUCACCAAUGCGAUCAAUUAAAUCUGGCUUUGCCGACGCUUUUCAAAACCACUGAUAUAGCACUUAGAAUCUUCAAAAUUCCUGCUCGGAAUGAGCCAGCGGAUGAAUUUGCUGAAAUACUAUGUAUGCUGAAAACAUUUUGCAAGAUAGGGCUGAGCUUGGAAAUAGCGUUAUCGCAGCAUCAGGCGACGUACAAGAUAAGACAUAUUAAGUGUGGCAUACGUUUUGUUGAAGCUCUCACAUCCCACAAACAUAAUGCAAAAGUCAUGAAAAUUCUCUUGGCAUCUGGUAUAGAUUUGCCAAUGAUGCUACUAAAAAUGUAUUCUGAGGAAUACAUGGCGUUGAGUAUUCGGCUCAUGAUAUUUAAGUCUGUGGAUGCUUGCUUGUCAUCGAGGGUCUCUAUAAAUCAUUUUAUGAAGGAAGCGGUGUACCCUAAGUUUGGAGAACACGAUAUCGAAAACCCGAAAAACGGAUAUCAAGCGUUAAUAUCAAUCAUGCAAACAGACCCCCUUGUAAGAGCUAAGUUUGCGAUCGGUGCACUUAUCAAGAAGAUAAAUAUGUAUGAGCUGUUAAGUAAGUUCAAUGACUUGGUUGUGAACUUCAGUAAGUCAGCAAAGAAUAUUGAGGAGGCGGAGUUGCCCGAAGCCGACGCCAACUUCAUAGUAAAUUCUCUAGAAGAGAUACUGUACGUAUACCGGUCGCGGUGCUUCCAGUUAUCUCAACCGAAACGUUUCCUACCCGUCUCUGCACAGUUCGAAAUCUACAAAGAAUGCUCGAAUGAAACCUUAUUGGAAUUCUUCAACAUACAUAAGAUGCUUGAAGCAUGUCUGUACUUGCUGACUUGUCCAGCAACUUGCAAUAAUCUCGUUGUAGUAAGUCCAAUACACGAUUUGAUGUAUGAGCUACUAAAUUCGAGAAGCGGACUCUAUUUUCUUUAUAGGAAUAUGGGAUUGAGUGAACUGUUGUUCAAAACCCUAACACUUCCAUACAGCGAGCCAAACACUGAAGAAUUUCUCUACCCUCACGAUUUGAGCAACUAUAGUGAUUUACAGAUACUAGGACUCGAACUAGCUUAUAGGUUGAAGGCUCUGUUUUAUUUACAAUCAAUCUGCGAUCAACAGGCAGGGAAGGCAGAUGAGAAUGAGCUUAUAGACAGACUGCAGUCACUAUAUUGUCUUAGUUUCGGCAAUAUAGGUAGGACCGCCGUGCCAGAGGUCAUCGUCAUGGGAGAUAAUGCCGAAUGUCUGAUGAAGGUGUUUGAGAACGACUCCAAGACCAAGGGGAAGAACGAUUCACCUUUAAAACAAAAGUCGCCAGCUAAGGGAUACGCUGUUGAGUUAAUAGUCUCGGCUGUGAGGUUCGCAGCUAAUGUGCGGUUUUUAAAGAAAUACGGUCCCAGGUUGUUAAACGUGUCAAAGGAACACGAUAGGUUUGAGCCCAGUGUCUCUAGUGUGUUGCAAGAAGUGAUACCUUAUCUGAAUCCUAUUGAGAAACCAACAGUUUUGUCAGGAGAAGAGCUCGUUGAAUGUGUUGAAAUUAUAAGGUCCAGCACGGAACAUGCUCCAGACUUGCCGGGAGAACUAAUGACGUGUUUGAGAGUUCUGAGGUUCUACUGCAUCUCCGACUAUGAGAACAACGUUACUAUUGCAUGUGAGUCCUCUGUGGAGGAGCACGUGGAACUGAAAUACAAAUAUCAAGUUCUACAACUAUUUUCGCUAGAUGGCAUAUCAAUUCUAGUGGAUGUUCUGGAUAGAUUGGCUACACAUUUUGACCAGCCAAGUAUGCACACUUCAUUUUUUGCAUCCGUUAAAGGGCUUCAACUAGCUCAGAUAUUGCUUCCUUGUCUGAGGUUAAUAGAUGCGAUGCUGUCUCGAGUUGUUCGCUGCCGAGGUCCAAGAUACAGAGAUAUGACCGCGGCUCCAGUGCUAUUGAAGAUAUAUGGACUAGCGAAGGCCUUCCCAGUGGGUUGUGUGGGAUACAGGACGGCGGCUAAAGCAGCUGAAGCUUCAGUAAGGGCAUUGUUGGCUUACGCACAACCGAUAGCCGAUGACGCGAAUGACGGUGACUCCAUCAGACGAGGACCUUGGACUUCGCUUUGUUCGGAAGUAAUAUCAUACAUAAUGACAGCACCAUUCACCUUUGUACCUGGGCUUCUUGUAUUUUCGGAACUACUACCAUUGCCGCUACCGAUGCAGACUAAAACACAACCGACCGAUCGAGAGUUGGCUGAUGCUUCAAAUGAGAGGAGACUAUGGUCGGCGCACUUGCAUGCGCUGUCGAAUGACUUGACAGACAUGAUACAGAUAAUAUGUAUGUCGACGUACAGACCGGUCGUGCAUAUGCUUCGUCGAGUGUGUGUACAAAUUGCUGACUUAGCACCCAACACAGCCGCUACGGUGGCCCGGGCAGCUGUCGGCGCUGUCGUAAGAGACUUGAAACCAGGAGAACCUGCAACAGCCAGCAGCGCACGAGUGUUGGGCUUCCUUGCGUGUUUAGUGUCUCACGCUCCCGUCAAAUGUGCAGUACUACAUGCCAUGAACAGUGGCGGCGCGAGGGCGGCAGAUGUGCAAAUGGCUCUGUGUUCAGUUCUGGGUCUGGCUAAUGCUUCCAACGAGCAUGCUGCGGCCCAAGAGUACGCAGCUCACGCGCUGGCCGCCUUCUGUGACGCCGAGAUCACAUUGACGCCGUUAAAUGGCACGUCAGACAUCAUUCUAUCCAACUCCUUGCCCAACAAGGAAGCCUUAGCUGAAUUCCUUGAUUCGACGGCGGAUUGUUUGGAGUCAACAACGAAAACAUGUUCAGUCGCAUCUUCCAUUUUAAGGGCCUACUUUGUGCUGACAGAACACGAAUAUGGUUUCCAACAAUUCAGAAAAUUCAUUUCGAAACGGAGAGAAAGUCUGGGGACGUUCUUCAAAUGGGCUCUGGAAGGUCAAGGCGAAGACAAGGCCGAGUGCUUGAGUUUGUACAUAGAUCUGAUCAGGAUCCUGAAAAUGGAAGAAGGCGAGGGUCUGGUGGGGCGGAAGACAAUGCUGUCGCUAAACGAGAUGGCUGACAUGGUGGGCUACUUGUCCUACCAUACCGACCAUCCCGCUCUUAAGUUGGACAAAAUUUUGAGGCCCAAAGAACAACAGAGCAUUUUUGUUCACCGUUUUCAGGAAAGAAACUCCGACGAAGACGCCCUGGCGAACGCCGGCUUCCUCUCCAGCCAACUCAUGAAGCUGAAGAAUGGGGCGGAGUUGCAUGGUCACCCGCCUGAGAUCCAAGAUAUAGUGCUUCCGGCCCCGGACACCCUGGUGGCACAGUUCCAGUCCAGGGUCAUAUACUCGAUAGGAGAGGCCAGCGAUGAGAGGCUUACCUCCAGCUACUGGCUGAACGUGCCUGCCGCCGGCGGGGAGGACGAUGUCAACGAAAGCGAAUUGGUGUCGUGCGACAUCAUGGAGAUGGCGGGCUGCGUGUCGGGCGGCGGCGACGCGGUCCGCGCGGCGGUGCGGCGGCUGGCCGGCUGCCUGCUGGCGCGCCGCCCGCCGCCGCCCGCGCGCCACCCGCCCCCGGGGGACAAGCGACCGCCCGUGGCAUUAACUCGUGUCCGCACGGAGGGCGGAGCGGACGCGUUCCGCUCGCGGCCGCCCAACACGUCGCGCCCGCCCUCACUGCACGUCGACGACUUCACCGCCCUGCAUCAGCCCUACACGGCUACCCAAGGCUCUCGAGGCAUGCGUCGCGGCAUCGCCGUGUCUGACCGCGGGCGCUUCGCCUCCGCCGCGCCCAUGCACGCGCACUACAGGCAUCUACGCGGUCGCGGUGCUUGGGAAAUGGGAGCAUCACACUUCGGUCACUUCCCGCCCGCCUCGCAGUAUAUGAUGGGCGGCAUGGGCUGGGCGGGCGGGCGCGGGCUGCGCGGGUCCCGCGCGCGCGGCUUCCUGCGGUGA